AUGGGGGCUGGGCUGCCCCUCGUCCUCCUCCUGACCCUUGUCGGCAGCUCACAGGGGGCAGGGCCGGGAAUGACUUUGCAACUGAAGUUGAAGAACUCCCUUCUGGCAAAUUCCUCCUACAAUUCCAGCUUCCUGGACUUUCUCCAGAAGUUCUGCCUCCUCCUCCACCUCCCCGUGGGGACCAACGUCACCCUGCAUCAAGCAGGGUCCUCACAGCACGUCACCUGCAGAGUCUGA